GCCGUUUUGUCGUUUUCAAGAUUUUCUUCCAAAAUGCAAAGGGCAAUAGUCACCACUUCACUGACAUCCGGUGAUAAUUAAGCAUCUAAUUGUAAAGCAAAUAAAACUUGUUCAUACAUAUGGUCACUUAUGCGAUUGCGAUUCUGUGGAAGCCCCUGACAAAUUUUACUCUACGUGUGCAACGCAUCAGCGAUCCACUAAAUGUUAACUAUGUACCGUAUACUCGUUUUAAGAUUUUUAUUGAUUUCGCACCGUGACUAAAUAUAAAAAAUCGACGAGUUAUAAGUUGAUCUAUGCGACAAACGCUUUGAAACGUUUUUCGUCGACGACUCGCGUUGGUAAGAUCAUCUCAUUUGGUAUUUAUAGAUGCUUCCAUAGAGCUGUAUAUAAAACAUUGUUCAUCUGAGGAGUGCAAUGCUACAAUACUUAUAAAAGGGGGUCUUGAUUUCAUACAUUCCCCUACAAGCUAACUAUCGAUUAAAUCAUCCUUUAAUUAACGAGGUUUCGGUUAAAUUGUCCAUAAAUUUCUUUACGGGGCAUCUCGACAGCAAGAUGUCAGAAGCUGUCGAGCACAUAAAAUCUUUAGAUCCUCAAGCUCCAGUAACCAGAAAAGGGUACUUGAUAUCAAUAAAGAGUGGAGAACCGAUUGAUAUAAUGGAUUGCGAUGUGCAUGGACGAUGUCGUGCAGUUACUGAGUUCGAAAAAUUAAACCGCAUUGGAGAAGGCACAUACGGUAUAGUUUAUCGGGCCAGAGAUUCUCGAACAAAUAGUAUAGUUGCUUUAAAAAAAGUACGAAUGGAUCAAGAAAAAGAUGGUUUACCUAUCAGUGGAUUACGAGAAAUAAUGAUUCUGAAAGCCUGUAACCAUGAAAAUAUUGUAAAUCUCAUUGAUGUAGUAGUUGGCAAAAGCUUAGAAAGCAUAUUUCUUGUAAUGGAGUAUUGCGAACAGGAUUUGGCAUCAUUGCUCGACAAUAUGGUGCAGCCUUUUUCCGAGUCGGAAGUGAAAUGUAUUAUUUUACAGGUUUUGCAUGGAUUGGAGUAUAUGCAUUCCAGAUAUAUAAUCCACCGUGACUUAAAAGUGUCUAAUUUGUUAAUGACUGACAAGGGGUGUGUUAAAAUAGCUGACUUUGGUCUUGCUAGGCUUUAUGGUGAACCAACUACAACUAUGACACCACAAGUAGUAACUUUGUGGUAUCGUUCACCAGAAUUAUUAUUAGGAUCGCCAAUCCAAACAACAGCUGUGGAUAUGUGGGCUGUUGGGUGCAUCCUAGGUGAACUCUUGUCUCAUAAGCCACUACUACCUGGUAGCACAGAGCUUGGACAAUUAGAUUUGAUAACAGAUUUACUUGGGACUCCAUCGGAGAACAUUUGGCCUGAAUUUCUUAAAAUGCCCGCAUUGGAAAAUUUUACCUUAAAACAACAACCCUAUAAUAAUUUAAAACCAAAAUUUCAAUAUUUGACUGCAGCCGGAUUACGUCUCUUGAACUUCUUAUUCAUGUAUGAUCCCAAGAAACGUGCUACUGCCGAAGAAUGUUUACAGAGCAGCUAUUUUAAGGAACCCCCAUUGCCGUGUGACCCAAAAUUGAUGCCCACAUUCCCUCAACACCGCAACCAAGCACAAACGAAACAAACAGCUGUGCAGCAAACUAAUAUUGAGCUGCCAACCAUAUCGGCAAUAUUAGGUAGCAUAUUAAAGAAACGUCGUGUGGAUUAGACAUUUUUAGUAUCAUAUAUUUGAAUAUAAAUAAAAUAAAAUAUUACAUUAUAUAUUACAAAUAAA